GCUCAUCUAGUAGCAGAUCCAUAUGGGGUCCUCGAGGAGGGGCAGAUAUAUUUUCGCUCUUCAGAACUCAUCACCGAUCCCGAAAGCAGAACCCAGAUGGAUAUCGUGACCGGUUCUGUUCUGGUAUGGAGGAAUCCCACAAGACUGCCCUCUGAUGUCCAGAAGGUA